AUGGGUCUCGGUGUGCUAGACGACAGCCAUCUGGAACAUGUUCCUGGAACAGCACUAUUGACCGAUGUUCAAGGCAUCAACACAUCGCCACUACGACAUGCCAAAGGCAGCUCCGAUAUCUUGCUCGUUCCUCAACCAUCAAACAGUCAUAAUGAUCCCCUCAAUUGGCCACUAUGGAAGAAGGACUUUAUGCUUUUCUUGAUUUGCAUAGAUACAGCAGUUGUCGGUGCCUGGGGCCCUAUGAUUGCGCCUGGUUAUACCUUGAUGGCUGAACAAUUCAACAUGUCGUACAAUUCCCUCAAUGGUGGAUUAGGGUGGGGAUUGUUUGUUAUUGCAUUCUCAUGCUUCAUCACACAGUCAAUGGCCGUUGUCUGGGGGCGGCGACCUAUUUUUCUCCUGGGCAAUCUGUUGUUGUUCAUCAGCAGUACCUGGGGAUAUUUCGCAAACUCGUACAAGUCUCUCCUGGCAGCGCGUCUAGUGGGAUGCAUUGGAAUGUCGCCUUUUGAAGUGCUAGUCACGUCGACCAUUGCUGAUAUGUAUUUCGUGCACCAACGCGGCGUCCGUCUAGCGGCAUGGGGCCUAUGUCUCUCAGUUGGCGUCGGUGGUGGAACGAUUAUCUCAGGAUAUAUUAUUCAAGACCUCGGUUGGAACUGGACCUAUGGAAUUUGCGCCAUUAUGUACGGUGUUUGGAUCAUAGUGUUAUUCUUCUUCUGCCCCGAGACCGCCUACCGCCGACCCUCGAGUUUCGACACGGACUUAGGCACAGAAGAUAAGAUAACUCAAGCUAUAGAUGACAGCAAAGUGGAGGCAACCAAUGUUGAAGAUAUCGAGACAAGCGCAUCUUCGACCGAUAUUGUUGAAGCCAAACAUAGCUACUGGUAUGACUUGAAGAUCUAUCAUGGUCGCGUUUGUGACGAUUCGUUCUUCAAAGUUCUUGCCAGGCCUAUCAUGAUGCUGAUCUUCCCACAAGUUAUCUUCUCAUUUGUCGCAUACGGAUUGACUUCGUCUUGGCUCAUUGUCGUAGGAAGUAUGCUCGCAGAGUUGUUCAUGGCUCCUCCAUACAACUUUUCGGUCUCGGGAGUUGGCUUGGUGUCGAUAUCACCUCUGAUCGGAGCAAUUGUCGGUGCUUUCAUCUCCGGGCCUACAGCUGAUAAGGUAAUCACCUAUAUGAGCCGGAAGAAUGGCGGUGUGUAUGAACCAGAGUUCCGCCUGGUUAUUAUCAUAGUGCCACUUAUCCUUGGUGGCAUGUCAUUUUUCGGCUUUGGUAUAUCCUUGCAAAAUGAAGAUCCAUGGAUCGGUCCGGUCUUCUUUUACGGUCUGCAAUAUUUCAGCGUCGGAUUUAUGACCAUUGCGGUGUACGGAUAUCUGACCGAUUGCCAUCGAGACAAGGCUCCGGAAGCCUUUGCAUCGAUCAACCUGAGAAACAUCUAUUCUUUCGGCAUGAAUUAUUUCGUGGCAUCUUGGAUUUCUUCACAGGGUCCCCGGGAGGUAUUUUCCAUCAUCGGUGGUAUUCAUGUUUUCAUUUGUCUUAUGGCAAUACCCAUGUAUAUCUUUGGCAAGCGAUGUCGCAGCUGGACUAGUAGGGUGCCCAUCUUCCAGAAAGUUAUGCGUGCAUAA